GGAUGCUCCUCCUCUGCAUCUGGCUCUUCAGCGUGCUGUUCUGCGCCAUGCCCCUGUUCGGAUGGGGUCAGUACGCCCUCCAGUAUCCCGGCUCCUGGUGCUUCGUCAACAUCCACGUCUGCGCGGACACGCCCCUCCACCACCUCAUCUACACCAACAUCUUCGGCGCCUUCACCAUCAUCAACCUGUUCGUCAUGGUCGUCUGCAAUGUGGUCGUUAUCAUCCUCUUGCUACAGAAGACGGUAACGCGCAACGGCAACUAUUUUGAAGGGUCCAGUCACCGUCUGUCAUGUUUAGGUUUGUCUCUAUCUCCAAGUAUCUCGUAUUUUAUUUAUUUUUUUAGAUAUAUAUAUUUUUUCUCUAGACGUAAGUGA